AUGAAGCCCUUAGUCCUCCUAGUUGCGCUGUUGGCAUGGCCUUCAUCUGUGCCAGCUUAUCCGAGCAUAACUGUGACGCCUGAUGAAGAACAAAACUUGAACCAUUAUGUACAAGUUUUACAGAACCUAAUGCUUAGUGUUCCCACUAGGGAGCCAGGCCGUGAGAAAAAAGUCAAGUCUUCAAAAAAUGCUUAUACUACAGAACCAAACAUUAAGAAGAUAAGUAUACAACAAUCAACUUCACUUGAGAAUGAUGUUAUAAUCACUCCUAUCAGUGAAGGAAAAACAACUUUGCCUACUAGUGGCUUCACAGUGGAAAUAGGGAGGAAAAAAAGCACUCAACAUACACCAUUCUGGUCGAUCAAACCGAAUAAUGUUUCUAUUGUUUUACAUGCAGACGAACCUUAUAUUGAGCAUGAGCCAGAGCCAGAGUCAGAGCCAGAGUCAGAGCCAGAGCCAGAGCCAGAGCCAACAACGACACAGACUAAGGCACCAGAAGUCACCUCAAUCCGUACAUCAUCUACUUUUUAUUACUCUACAGAGUCAGAAGAUGUUCCUCAGCUCUCAGGCGAAACUGAAAUAGAAACACUCCCACAGACUGUGAAUAUUGAUGAAAUUUUGAGAAAAAUUUCAGAUAUUCACUUACUGGUGCAACAAGCACUUCCUCGUGAUAAUAGCAAUCCAGCAUAUAGGGAAGACAUGAAAGCCGCCAAGGAGCACCUAAGACGAAGCCUUGCUCUUGCAAUAGCAGCAGAACAUAAAUUACAAACAAUGUACAAAUCCCACUUACUUGCACAAGGACAAACUGGUGAUGACAUUCAAACUGUUAUUAACAUGCUGUAUAAUUCUAGAUCUAACCUACAUGAAUAUUUAGAUAUCAGAUAUGUUCCGUCAGAGUUGAAAGGAAGAGCUAGUAUAGUAUUCACGAAAAUGAAAAGAAUAUUAUGUACAGGAGAGGAGAGCCUUGAAGAUGACCAUAGUGGCAAGUCAUCAGAAGCUGACAGUGACCAACCGAGAGCAAUUAUCAACCCUAAUCCUCUGACGACUACAUCAGAAGUUGACAAAGCACUCAACAUCCACCAUUCUGUUGGAGUUCAGAAUUUGAAGCAAAUUGGAAAGGUGAAAAAGCUCAAUAAGUAG